AUGUUAUCCCAAUGGUUCUCGCACUCUUCUUACCUACAUCAAUGUGAUACGCUCAUCGUCGACAUCAACGAUCUCCUGUCCCCACGGUACACCAAAAUAACCACAUCCAUUCCACCAGAGAUGCUCAGCCGAAUCCUCCGUUCCUCCACUUGGUUCGACUACGAGAGGGGCAACUUGACUGAGGCUGAGUGCUACUCAAACCUCGCAACUGCGUACGCCCUCCCAGAAUCCGAUAUCGCAGCAGCUGUGCGCUCAUCCCUCACGCUGGCACGUGUAGUGCCUGAAGCCGUCCGCAUACUUCGGGACAUCAAAGCGACGACUGGCGUGCGCAUACUGUCCAUGUCCAACUUCUCCGCUCCCGAAUGGAACGCCCUCAGUACCCAGGACGACUUCGCGAAACUUCUAGGCCUCUUCGACUGCAGUUUCACCUCAGCUGCGGCGGGGGAUCGCAAGCCGAACCUUGGCUUCUAUCGCCAUGUCCUUCAUUCUAGCGGUAUAGAUCCCCAGAAGACUGUGUUCGUGGAUGGACGGUUGGAACACGUCGUUGCUGGAAAAUCGUUUGGCAUGAAGGGUAUAGUGUUCACUAAUUCCGAGGAGCUGUCGCGGGCCCUGAGACCCUUACUUCGGGAUACCAUCGCGGACGCGGAACGAUGGCUCCAUCGUCACCCGAAGCAGCUGUGGUCUGUGACAGAUACGGGUGUCAUCAUCGAGGAGAACUUUAGUCAGCUUCUUCUGCUCGAGAUCACCCAAGACGAGGACUUAGCGGACAUCGUACGCUUGCCCAGAUUGACGAAUUUCUUCCGAGGUCAUGGGGUAUUGACUACUGCCGCCUUUCCGCAUGAUUUGGACACCACGUCGAUUGCGUGCACUGUUUUGGAUCAUUUCGGCCCUCAAGUCAAAGACGAUAUCAUGAACGAGAUACUUUCCUUGCGGAACGAAGACGGCUUAGUCCAGACAUACUUUGACAAAACUCGUCCUCGUGUCGAUCCCGUCGUAUGCGUGAAUGUCUUGACAUUCUUCUAUGCGAAUGGCCGGGGGUCAGAGCUGACGGAGACUCUCGACUGGGUGUACGACGUCCUCGCUAACCGCGCAUACGAGGGCGGGACCCUCUAUUACCACAGCGGAGACGCUUUCCUUUACUUCCUCUCACGGCUUCUCCAUGCAUCCCCUUCACUCACCAAUCGGUUCAGCGCUCUGUACGCCCAGCGAAUCGUGGAGCGUUACGGCGCAAGUGGAGACCCGCUGGCUCUUGCGAUGCGUAUUUUGGCUGCGGCAUGCAUGGGGAUGCGCGACCUGCAGGACUACGAACGCUUGCUCAUGCUGCAACAAGAGGAUGGGUCGUGGCCAUUGGGAUGGUUCUAUAGGAAUGGUUCCACAGGGAUUCUAACAGGGAACCAAGGGGUUACAACUGCCAUGGCUGUCGCCGCCGUUUGUCGUUAUCGAGGACUCUGA